GCCAGAUGGUCUCGAUCUCCUGACCUCGUGAUCCGCCCGUCUCGGCCUCCCAAAGUGCUGGGAUUACAGGCUUGAGCCACCGCGCCCGGCCCGGAUCAUUCUUUAUUAGCCUCAAAACGGGUCAUUUUCGGAAGCGGCGCGGGGCAGGCCGCGCUCCCCAUGGUGUUUACGGGGAUGCGAACGGGGGCCCAGAGGCUGCGAGCCCGGCCUGGACCCAGGAGCCAGGGGUAUCCCACAAGUUCCGCAGGCUCCGAACGCGGCGCUGACGCCGAAUACCUGUGAAAAAGAUUCCGGGAGGGGACACGCAGAACGCCGGACUUCCGCCGCGGGAACCGCCCCCCCUCACGCCUCGCACUGCGCCUGCACCUCGCGCGCCGACUUCCAGUCCCAGCAGCCCGCGCGCGGGGGCGGGGCCUCCGGGGAGAAUUGGGGGAGGGGCGGGGCCUCCGUGGAGAAAUCCGAGGAGGGGCGGGGCGUCCGGAGAGUGGGGCGGGGCUCCCGGUUCCCGGAGCGUUCGCCACUGUGCGCGGGGUCCCGGAGGCCUAGGCAGCUGCCGCCCGCUGUCCCCGCAGUCCUCGCCGCGAGCGUCAUGGCCCAGCCGCCGCCCGACGUGGAGGGGGACGACUGUCUCCCCGCGUACCGUCACCUCUUCUGCCCGGACCUGCUGCGGGACAAAGUGGCCUUCAUCACAGGUGGCGGCUCUGGGAUUGGGUUCCGGAUUGCUGAGAUUUUCAUGCGGCACGGCUGCCACACGGUGAUCGCCAGCAGGAGCCUGCCACGAGUGCUGAUGGCCGCCAGGAAGCUGGCUGGGGCCACCGGCCGGCGCUGCCUGCCUCUCUGUAUGGAUGUCCGAGCGCCCCCAGCUGUGACGGCUGCCGUGGACCAGGCUCUGAAGGAGUUUGGCAGAAUUGACAUUCUCAUUAACUGUGCGGCUGGGAACUUCCUGUGCCCCGCUGGCGCCUUGUCCUUCAACGCCUUCAAGACCGUGAUGGACAUCGACACCAGCGGCACCUUCAAUGUGUCUCGCGUGCUCUAUGAGAAGUUCUUCCGGGACCACGGAGGGGUGAUCGUGAACAUCACUGCCACCCUGGGGAACCGGGGGCAGGCGCUCCAGGUGCAUGCAGGCUCUGCCAAGGCUGCUGUGGACGCGAUGACACGACACUUGGCUGUGGAGUGGGGUCCCCAGAACAUCCGCGUCAACAGCCUCGCCCCUGGCCCCAUCAGUGGCACAGAGGGGCUCCGGCGACUGGGUACGGCUCUCAGGGAGCCCAGGCCUCCCACAGAUCCUCCCCUGGGGCACAGGGUACCCAUGGAAGCUUCCAGAACCUUGGCAGGGGGUGGCCCCCAGGCCAGCCUGAGCACCAAGGUCACUGUGAGCCCACUGCAGAGGCUGGGGAACAAGACCGAGAUUGCCCACAGCGUGCUCUACCUGGCCAGCCCUCUGGCUUCCUAUGUGACGGGGGCUGUGCUGGUGGCCGAUGGCGGGGCAUGGUUGACGUUCCCAAACGAUGUCAAAGGGCUGGCGGAUUUCGCAUCCUUCUCUUCUAAGCUCUAGGAUUCUUCUGGCCGCUGCUUCCCUCCGCCUCACAGCCAGGUGGAGAGCACCAGUCUGAACCAGCAAUGCCUGCAGCCCAGCCCCUCCUCCGGACACUCAGCUGUUUCUGCACUCUCCCUCCCCAUGGUCCCAACUCCAGGGCAGGAGCAACCGGACAGUGGGCCUGGCCCGUGGAGCUGCCAUGCAGGUGUCUGAGGGCCAGGUGCCACGCAGGUGGUGCGGGUGCAGACAAGAUACUGAGAUGUCCCCUGCCCCAUGGUCAAGGCUGUCCUGCCUGCCUGGGUCCGGGGCCUGAGGGAGCCACAUGGAUCCUGAGACUUGUGUUCUCUUGGCUGAAAACACUGAGGUGCUCCCGUCGGUGCAUGGCCCAUGAGCUGGGAUGGGCCUCAGGCUGCCCACAAGGUCCGCCCCUCUGUCUCUGCACCACCUGUUUGCACAAACACACUUUGCUACAAUCUUGCUAGAUAGUGCAUUUUCUUAAAAGAUAAUCUAUUUACUGUGAAAAUAAACUGGACUUUGCCAAAGCUUUUAGAAGGAAAAGAGCAUUAAAGAGAAUUGCUGGUGACCC